CAGAUGGCCAGGACCAUUACCAAAUGAUGACAGCUCUCAAUUAGUUGACUUUACCUCUUUCUGGCGACAGUCAUCUAAGGGGUGACCAAGGGUAAUUUGGGUCCACAUCCUGGGAAUUGAUCUAUAAAUAUAGGGGAGCUUGGGACGCAAGUUGGAACCACCAGACAAUACAUAUUAUUCUUCGUUUGAAACACAUAAAUAUGCAAACAAAACAAAUAAACAAGACGCCGGCCAAGCUUACAUAGGAGCCCCCCACUGCACCAUCCAGAAACGGACUAGGCCAAAACUCUAAUCCGACGUCCUAGUUUCGGCUACUUCCACAUCCCACGCCUUACCAUCUCAUCUCGCCAAACAUCGUCGAUUCUUUCUGCUCUACCCCCUUGUUGCACAACCUUUUGUCGGCGUUUAACAAGCUCUUCGAGGGUGUCGCCCUAUAUCGCCUUAAUCAUAAUCAAGGAGGGAAAUAUAACAGAUAGUUCUAGUUCUAAUCAGCCGUACAUGUUGCGGGAGCUAGCGGACCGGUGGGCUCGGAAACGAUACCUUGGUUGAAGUGUUAGGGUUGGAAUAGAAGAUAAAGGAGAGAGGUGGAAGAAUAAGAUAGCGCUGGGCAGUGGGUUUGUGUUUCUUUUGGUUGCGGGUUUAUCAAUCUUGCAGAAAUUUGGUUUGAAGAUACUGUGUUUAAUUUUAUUUUGUGAGGGCUUCACAGGACAACAUCAAUAUGCAUAUUAAGGACAAGUUGGCUCAUGCGGAGGCCACAGGGCGGCCCGGCAUUUCCUUCGAAUUUUUCCCCCCGAAAACGGCGCAAGGUGUUCAGAAUCUUUACGAUCGGAUGGACCGUAUGCAUGGAUAUGGACCAUCCUUUAUUGAUAUCACAUGGGGUGCGGGAGGGCGGCUGUCAGAGUUGACUUGUGAGAUGGUGAAUGUGGCGCAAUCGGUCUAUGGCCUGGAAACUUGUAUGCACCUCACUUGCACGGACAUGCCCCGCGAGAAAGUGGACACUGCUCUUCAGAGUGCGUUCAAGGCAGGGUGCACGAACAUUUUGGCUUUGCGUGGUGAUCCUCCCCGAGAAAAAGAGAAAUGGGAAGCUACGGAGGGUGGGUUCCGUUACGCUAAAGAUUUGGUCAAAUAUAUUCGUGAUAAAUAUGGGAACCAUUUUGAUAUUGGAGUUGCUGGGUAUCCCGAAGGCUGCGAUGAUCAAGAUGACCCAGAACUCCUUAUGGAACAUCUGAAAGAAAAGGUUGAUGCGGGAGGUACGUUUAUUAUUACGCAGAUGUUCUACGAUGUCGAUAACUUCUUGACCUGGGUCGAAAGAUGUCGCCAAAAGGGGAUCACGGUACCAAUUAUACCCGGUAUAAUGCCCAUUCACACGUACGCUGCGUUUAUUAGAAGAUCCAACUGGACUAAAAUUCGAAUCCCUCCCGACUGGUUGGAAGCAUUGGAACCUGUGAAGAAUGACGAUGCAGCCGUGAGGAAUUUGGGCAAAUCUCUUGUGGCUGAUAUGUGCAAGAAAAUACUCGCCUCUGGAAUCUAUCACCUGCAUUUCUACACGAUGAAUUUGCAACAAGCGACCAAAAUGAUUCUGGACGAACUAGGAUUGAUACCCUCCCAUAAAACUCCCCUGCAGAAGCCACUUCCGUGGCGACAGUCACUUGGACUUGGCCGAAGGGAAGAAGAUGUGCGACCAAUCUUUUGGAGGCACCGACAUCAAUCAUACGUGGCUCGUACGCAGACAUGGGAUGAAUAUCCAAAUGGUCGCUGGACUGACUCUCGGUCCCCUGCUUUUGGAGAGCUCGAUACUUAUGGCAUUGGCUUGAAAGGAACCAACGAGCAAAAUAUCAAACUUUGGGGAGAGCCAAAGUCACUAAAGGAGCUAUCUGAGAUUUUCAUACGUUUCUUGAAUGGAAGCCUUGAUAGACUUCCAUGGAGCGAGGGCGCUGUUACAGAGGAAACAGAAAUCAUCAAAUCAGAUUUGCUCGACCUGAAUCGAAAGGGUUUCCUGACUAUUAACUCCCAACCUGCGAUUGAUGGCAUGCCCUCUUCUCACCCAAUCUAUGGAUGGGGUCCGAAAAACGGAUAUGUCUAUCAGAAGGCAUACUUGGAACUCCUUAUUUCUCCCACAAUGAUCGAUGAUGUUAUUAGCCGCAUUGAACAAAAUUCUGACCUCACAUAUUACUGUGUCAAUAAAAAGGGUGAAUUGAAGACGAACACGACCGACAGUCCAAAUGCAGUUACGUGGGGAAUAUUCGCUUCCAAAGAGAUUAUCCAACCAACCAUUGUUGAAACAAUCAGCUUCUUGGCCUGGAAGGAUGAAGCGUAUCGACUCGGAGACGACUGGGCCAAGUGCCACGCCCCAUCGAGCCUCAGCAGACGCCUCAUUGAACAAGUGAUGGACACUUGGUAUUUGGUCAAUAUUGUGAACAACGAUUUCCACAAAACGCAUGACAUCUUCAACCUGUUCAAGGACCUCAAAGUCGAAAACUUGGAUACGGAAAUAGAACCCAUCGCCCUAGCGGCCGAGUCUGUUGAUAUUGCCCAACAAAAUGGCCAGCUUCCUCAAACAGAGGUCAACGACAGUUGUACGGAAGCAACUAAGUCGAUGGAAGAGCGUAACUCCAACUAAUCUUCCGUUAUUUCCCACCUAUCCAUCUCUUCAAUGCCGGGCGAUAUCGGCAGCACCCCAUCAUGGACUCGCGAUUCAACAAGCGCACUACAUGAUCUCACGAUUUUCCCAUAACCCUCUAUACCUAAGCGCCAUUCCAUAAAUAAUUCUCGAUCAACAUAUCUCUCUUCCAAUUUCUCCUUAAGAAUAAUUCAACAUAAGCGCGCACUUCUCGCGCGGCUCCUACUCCCCGCACGUACUUCAACCUCCGCCGCCAUUCUCAUACAUAUACGAACGCAAUACAUGACCACUAUUUUCAACAUGACAUUCAACACCAUAUAGAGAUAAAAACCAAGCAUGCAAAUCACAGCAUUUUAACACUGGAGAACCUUGUUUCCUUCAUGAUUCUUUAUUUCUUUUCCUUAAUUUCUUUUCCUUAAUUUCUUUUCCUUAAUUUCUUUUCUUUCUUUUCUUUACUCUUUUAUUUUCAACAAUACCCAGAAAAGCAGGACGAAAACCAAGGGAUGAAUGGACAUGGGAUACACAAACAAAAAAAAAAGAAAAAAAUGACUAUGAUGACCGCAACGAAGCUGUAUGGCAAAUUACAACGAUCAGGUAAAAAAUUACUUAAUCUACUGUAUUUGCCUGGAAAUAUGUAUUCAACACAUUUGGGAAAUUAGAUAAGAAAAAGAAAAUAAUAUCUUUUAAAAAAAAAUAAAAAAAUAAAAAAAUAAAAAAAACAAAUUCCGAAUGCGGGCCAGUUUUUCUCUCUUUUCACUUUUUUUUUUUUUCUUUUUUUUUUCACUUUUUUCUAUUUCCUUCAUUUGUCAUAUUUAUUAUCACACAUUCCCGGUUUUCCCCUUUUACUAGGUUCGGCUCAAAUUUCUGUCGAAUGAAGUUUUGGGCCCGCCUCUUAGACCAUCCCCCUCCCUUUUGUGACGUUCACAAAUUCUGACUCUCUGUUUUUCCCUGUUUACGGAGGUCGAUUUGAAUAUAAAAGUGCCAACUAGCCUAAACGUUUCAUUUUAGUCGAGGGAGAGAAGGGAGAAGGUCAUUAUUGUGCUUUCAAGGAGAAAGAAGAAGACGGAAGUGGGUUGAUGAGAUAGAGCAUGCAGCAUUCUAUCAAAAUCAGACAAGCAGUCCAAGGUAAAUAAAUACAUAUGUAAAAGUUGCAAUUUCUACUGCGCGAGGAGUCUUCGUGUCUACGAAUGUAUCGACAUGAACUGAAUCCUAUGCGUUUCUAUCGGGCUAUCGUGUCUUUCGAACAAAUGCACACUGUUGACUACCAAGCUACUAGGUGGGAGAAAAUGACUAUGACUAUUCUCAAGAGAGAGAUAAUACAAUGGAAUUCUACGUUCCUAUCGGGUUGUUAGUUAGGUAGACCAAUCUCGAUAAAAAUAAUCACAAAGGCGCGUCGUGAUAUCCGUCCGGGGCCCCUUGUCCAACUCAGGGACCUGGGGGGCGGGGGGUGGCUCUAGCGGAAAGAUAUAACGGAAUAGUAACUAAUGUUCGGCAAAACAGAGGCAAAUAUCCCAUGACUGACUCCCCCAUCUCAUUGAUACAAAAUUUUACUUUUGAUUUACGCCAAAGUCAAAAGUUUUAGGGCCCAAACUAGCCAUGAAGCGACCGUAGCCAGAAAGCCCAACCCUCUUGCCAAAAAGGUGCAUGCAACAACCAAUACAGCAAAGUAAAUGCAUGCUCGCCCAGUGUCUAAAAUCAAGAUCCCGAGAUCGUGGAAGCUCCGAGGUGCGCGUGGAAGAACACCCGUUUUCGAGAACUUGUGACAGAAAUCGCAAAAACUAAAGGUGACUCUGAGACAGUGCAGAGCCAUGGCGAGGAACUGGACGGCUAUCAGGCGCAGGAAAUUGAAAGUAUGGCGCUCACGAACAAUAUAAUGGAGGAAUUGGACAGCAGGUGUGGAAUUAUUUUGAUUGUUGAGUAAAUUAUCUUUUUUUCGAUCCUCGAUAUCUCGGCCAUUGUCACUUUGGGCGUUGGGUCGAAAGUGUCCACUCAUUAGGGAAUUUACACUUCCAGAGUCUGAUCGUACUACCCUCUUCACAGCAUCCUCUUGGAAUACGGCGCCCUUAUUCAUGACCGGAACCAUGUUCACAUACAUGGGCGAAGGACCCAAGCCAGUGCUAACCAGAGACCUCUGGGCGCUGUGAAUUUUCUUAGCGGGGUUGAAAUAUCCGUUCUGUAUAUAAGGGGCACAAUAUUCAGUGAAGGGUAAAUUACUAGGGUCGUUUAGUCCUGAUAUAUGGGUGCUCCCAUGCAUAUUUCGGCUGAGAUUUAGUGGGAUUUCUCUGAUGCCGCGAUUGAUAUUUUGCUCUGCUCGUCCCUCGAUGGCAAGAACGCUGUUGCCCGAAGUUUCGGACAAGCAGGGGCAUUGCUGAUGAUUGCAACAUGUUCCAUAGUGACAAAGGCCUAUCUUUCCGGGAAUGGUGCUUGAAUUGGCGUUGAAAUCGGUGCCGGGAUUGAUAUCGUGGUUUAAUGGGCGUUGAUCCAUUGCUAGUGGGAGAGUCAUAGAUGUAGUGCUUGUGGACGUGGGUGUCGUAGUGGUAAUGAUAGUGGAUAGAUUUUCCUGUUCUGGCAAUUUGUGUAGCUGGCUGCAAUCCAGAACUGGAUCGACGGCCACGGACCCUCCUUUCAUAGAGCCUCCUGGACUUUUUCUGAGGAGCCCACUGAGAUUGUGAUCGUGUAAAAUUUGCGCCAUUGUCAGAGGGUAAUAUACUUGACUUCUCUCUGCCAAUUCUUCCUCGCAUGCUGUGCGGCUUAUCAGGUUUGCUUGGAAGGCUUGCUUCUGGGUUAGGAAUUUGCGGGCGUUCAUCGACUGAGGCGAAAGGCAAUGGAGACGGGGCGCUGUUCGGGGCCAAGAGAUCUGAGUGCAUUUCUCUCCAUGGCCCCCGCUUUGGCCUAAAAAAGGACCUCCGUUCAUGCUACAAGCAUGUGCAUGAGAUGUGGGCUGCCCCUGACCCAUCUCCUCGUUACAUAAUUUGACGUACUCAGGAUCGCCAGAAGAGGACGUCACUUUGAUGUCAGGAACAGGCUUGUUGGGACUAGUUAUAGCGGCGUGGAUGACAUAGCCCUGGGCCGGAGGUUCUACAAAAGCAAGGGAUGGUGAUGGAGACUUAGCGUCCCUUUUUCGUCCUAUAAUUUUCUCCUUAAAAUUUUUCGUAAGUCGCCUGGGAGGGGUGCUAAUCCCUGUAGGGGUAACGGGUCUGGGUGUUGGAAGGGUGUCCGGAUCCAGCAUUUGUUCACCUUCAUGAUGAACGCGUUCGAGAGUCUUCUGGAAGUCCACAAUUUGCUGGGCAGUCAUUGUCAGCGGCGAUGGCUCUCUUGCGGAGGGCAUGUUGACAACAAACUUGUCUUCCGGGUUGAUCGAAUUUGGUGCAAACUCUGUCGGGGGAGCAGAAGUGAUCAAUCCAACAGACUCGGUCUUGCUUCUCUGCAAACCAGGGAAUUCGGCUUGUGCAAUUUCAUUUCCGGAUGGCGAGGGAAAUGGAGACUUUUCGUUCUUGUCCAAGCUUAUCCACUCGUUGCCCUUCAGACGCCACUUCUGAAGAGUGGCAUUCUCCUCCCGGGAGUCACAGAAACUAGAGUCGCUACCACCACUCAUGAUGCUGGGACUUACUACACCAGUUCGGGGAUUGGCACCACGGGCAAUCAGCUGAUCAUCGCGACUCACCGUACGCUGAUGCUUGCGAUUGGUUCUUUCUUUUUUUCCGCUUUUGGUAGCUUGGCGUUUAUGCAGUUCGUCCUGCAAUUUCGCGCUCUCUUCGAUUUGGCGUCGAAGACUCAACCAGUAUUCACGAUCCGCCCCUUCAUGAUGAGUCCCUUCUUGACUAGGAGCAUGUCGUCCGACCCAAAUUCCUGGAACAGGGCCGGAACGGUUGGCGAAAUCGAGUCUACUGACUGGAUCCGGCGCACGAUUCUGCUCCUCGUCUCGUGUUGUUCGAGAAAAGAUACCAGAUACCGAACCAACCGUGGACAGUUUCUGCCUUCGUACCGUUCCGGAUGCGCUAUCACAAUCCUGAAGGUUCACCGCUACAUCCUCUUCAAAAGUGACAGACUUUUUGUCCUUUCUCUUGCCCCAUUUUCGAAAACCACCUCUUUUCUCUGCUAGCGCUUUCUGUCCGGAUGUUGGUGCAAUAUCUGGACUGCCUCGUUGUCCUAAACUGCUGGAUCUGACCCGAGAAGACUUGUUAUCAGGUUGUCCAAGUAGCGGAGGGGGGAUCCAAGCGGACCACGAGGAGGAUCGCUGGUCCUUCCUUCGAACGCCGUCUUCGCGACGACUAAGAAGAGUUGGCUUAGUGGAAGCAAUAGAACUUGAUUGGUUUCCAGAAACAACGCGCGGCAUCGUGGCAUGCUAAACUGCCUGGAUUGUUAUUUUAAGGAUACUUCGGCAUCGGGUUGCUUGCAACCUAGAAUCCCACGCCAGGAAUAAAUAAA